UCAGUUCGAUAAAUUUAAGAUUUACUUUAAAAUUUUUCCGAACAGUUUUCCUUUUACUUUGGCGUAUUUAUUUUCAACAUGUCAGCCUCCAUAGGGAUCAUUCUUCAAAAAAAUUAACUGGAGAAAUAUUGAAACAAGACACGAUUACCUUAAACUAAAAUAUGGCAAAGAGACGAGCGGAUAAAGAAUUAACUGACAGAAAUUGGGACGAGGAAGAUGAACCAGAAGAGGCAGGUGAAAUCCAGCUUGCCACUGAAGAAUCAUUAAAAGGAAGACAAAUUCUGAAAGGAAAAAGAAGAGGUGCAGCUCCAGUUCAGAACAAAGAUUUCGCUGGUUUUUCUGGUUUUAGUUUCAAACCCACAGCAGCUAGUACACCAUUCUCAUUCAAUGUCAGGUCAGUCACUAAUGGCGGUUCUGAUAAAGACCAAAAACAAAUGGAGAAAUCAAAAGAAUCUGAAAAUGGACAAGCAAAGACUCUUACAGCAUCAAAUGGUGCCGAGAAAAAGAAAGGAUCUUAUUUGUCAAGUUUGAAAAAUUUGAAUGAAAGUGUUUUAUCAUGGAUAAAAAGUCACGUUGAUAAGAACCCAUUUUGUAUAUUGACUCCUGUAUUUAAUGACUACGAGAAACAUUUAGAAGAGAUAAUGAAAAAUAAAGAUGGAGAGAAACAUUUAGAAGAGAUAAUGAAAAAUAAAGAUGGAGAGAAAACAGAAGAUAAAUCAAAAGGAGAAACAGACACAAAAACAGCUCCAACUUUUCCACUUGGAAAUUCUUUAAUGUCACCAACAUCUUUAACAACAGAAAGCAAGCCAUCUGCUGCAAGUUUUGCAUUUGGUAAUUCUAAUUCUAAAACAGCAACUACUACAGAGACCAAACCAUUGGGAACAGGUUUUCAGUUUGGUUCCAGCUUAACUAAAGCAACUGGGUUUGGUUCUAUUCCAACCACUACUGCAGCCUUUGGUACCAGCUCAACUACAACAACUGGAUUUGGGACCAGUUCAACAGCUACUGGUUUCUCAGGGUUUAAUUUCAAGUCUUCCACAGAGAGUAAACCUUCAUCUGGUUUCUCUUUUGCUGUAAACAAGCCAGCUGGAGAAAGUGGUGCUAGUCAAGAAGAAGAUGAUGAAUAUGUACCCCCUCAAGCAGAGUCUAAAGAGGUUCCAGAGGAGGGAUCAGUUCACUCCAUCAAAUGUAAGCUGUUUUAUCAGAAAGAUGGAGCCUGGACAGAGAGAGGUGUAGGAUUUUUACAUCUGAAGAUAAUUGAUGAAAAGCUGCAACUUGUAGUCAGAGCUGACACUACCCUAGGCAACAUAAUCUUGAACAUUAUACUGUCUCCAUCUAUACCACUGAAAAGACAAGGCAAAAACAAUGUCAGCAUGAUAUGUGUACCAAAUCCUCCAGUUGACAAAAAAGCAGAUCCUUCCAAACCUGUUCCUAUGUUGAUACGGGUAAAAACUUCUGAGGAUGCAGAUCAAUUACUAGAAAAAAUGGAAGAAUUGAGGAAGAAAGAUUGAUGAAGAAAUUGUACUUAGUUUAUUUUGGAUAUUUUUCUGUCAAUGUGUAUUGUACAAUUGUAGCAAUUUUUAGUAUGAUUACGUUAUUUCAUUGUCAUCAACAAGGGUGUAUGUGUUCAUCUUAAAGUUCAUAAACUAGGACAGUAAAAAAGUUUGUCACUGCAUAUGAAAGAAGGUAUAAAAUGUUUUCAGGUUGUAUAAAGAUUAAAAAGGUCUUUUAGUGUGUCUCUUGUCUAUAUUUUGAAUUGUUUUCUGGUUACGAAUACUUAGUAUCAAUAUGUGUACGAAAUUGUCUAUGUACGGGUUUAUAUUCGUAAAAUUUGAAAAUUACAAAAUACUUAUAUUGUAAAUUUAUAGUAUGGCCAGUGUUCUCCCCACAAAUUUCAAAUAACAUCCUUAUAAACAGGAAUUUUUUAAUUUCAUCUUCUUUUUUUUUAAGAAAUCAUUGCAUCACAGCCAUAACAAAUUAUUUCAGAUCGCAUCUCAUUCAAGUAAUAUAGCAUCACAUUUCCAUGAUUCUAAAAGGCCCUGGUUAGAACACUGAUGACUCAAGAAUAAAAUCUGUGUUUAUUGUCAACCCUAAGAAUUUUUUUUUUAUUGAUGAAAGUUAAGUGAUCUUUCAAGUAAGUUAGGUUGGUAAACAAUAAAACAUUUUCUAGCACCAACGACCAAAAUGACAGGAUAUUCCAAUAUAUUAUAUGAAAUUCAAGUAAUCUAUGGUUUUACAUAAUCAUAUUCUAUUAAAUCUUUUCCCUAGAACUAUGACUUUACUCUAGAAACCAUGGAAAGGUAACUGUGACAUGACUUUGAAAUUUCGACUAACUAUAAGAAAAAUAGCUUUUAAAAAAAAUGCAUAUUAGAGUAAAAAUGCUGGACAUUUCUAGCCCAGAUUCACAAUCACAUAACUACUGCAUGGUUAGUUUAAUUUCAUUCAUAUUUCAGUAACAGUGCCGAAAUCAUUCAGACAGCUAUGCUUCAAAGUCAUUUAACUUGGUAGGCCAUGUAAAAUUAAUUAAUUGGUACUCUUUACUUGGGUUUUCUAAAAAUGAAGAAGGAUGGAUAUUUACGUUGUAUAUUAUAAUUAUCAUGCAUGAUUUUGCAUAAUAUACUCCUUACUUUAAUUGAUCCAAACAUGUGAUGUGCAUUUCUUCUUUUUCAUACAAAGCAGACCUCAUCAGCACUUAAUGUAAUGCAUCAGUUUUAUCAUAAUUCAUGUUAAUGGCUAAUUAACACAUUUCAUGUCAAUUGAAUAAAGCCCAUUGUGAUUUUCUAAAUUGAAACUCUUUCAAGGUAUACAGAUCAAUGCUUAAAAGAUGUGAAAAUAAGAAAAAUGCUGUUCCUGUGAGUAGCAAUAAAACUUGUGUAUUGGUAAUUCUUUUCUCUAUAAAUGUUUAAAACACACCAUCCUCAUGAAUAAAGGUAUUUUGAGAACCAAAAAUUUAUUUUCCAUGAUCUUCUACAAUUUAUCCUGAUAUCCAAAUUCUUGAUUAGAAAUCACAUAUCUUUAAUCAAGUAUGUGAUAUUAAUCAAUAAAGCCAACAAAAUAAUGCAAUAUAUCAUGUACAUAAAUUCCCAGCUGCAUGUAUUAUACAGAGGCAAAAAUUGUGAGAUGUUUAUCUUUUAUUAGAAUGUUGUAAAAUUGAAAUGAGUGAAGGGUAAAAGAAGUGAAAAAAAACAAGAUGUUUGAAAGAUCUGUUAAAAUUGUUGCUCUGGAGUUUUAUGAAGUUUUUGAGCGUUAAAGAUUGUUACAUCCUGUGAGUGCUUAUUAUCAUUUAAAAAGUGCUUUGUUACAUAUAUUUUUCAAUAAAAGUCUUCGAUUUG